AUGGGUCGCCGACCGGCAAGGUGUUACCGGUACAUUAAGAAUAAGCCUUACCCAAAGUCACGUUUCUGUCGUGGUGUUCCCGAUCCUAAGAUUCGUAUCUUCGAUCUCGGCAAGAAGAAGGCCAAUGUGGAUGAGUUCCCAUGUUGUGUUCACAUGAUGUCAAAUGAACGUGAACAUCUUUCGUCGGAAGCUCUUGAAGCUGCCCGUAUUUGCGCCAAUAAAUACAUGGUCAAGAAUUGCGGAAAGGACGGUUUCCAUCUACGUGUUCGUAAACACCCUUACCACGUCACUCGCAUCAACAAAAUGUUAUCAUGUGCCGGCGCUGAUCGUUUGCAAACGGGUAUGCGUGGAGCUUACGGAAAACCGCAAGGUCUAGUGGCUCGUGUCGACAUUGGAGAUAUUCUUUUCUCUAUGCGCGUGAAAGAGAAUAACGUCAACCACGCCGUUGAGGCCUUCCGUCGUGCUAAGUUCAAGUUCCCUGGCCGACAGUUGAUUGUAGUCUCUCGCAAAUGGGGAUUCACUCGUUGGGACAAGGCCGACUACGAGCGGAUGCGUGCUGAAGGACGUCUUCGAUCGGAUGGAGUGGGCGUACAACUCGUUCGUGAACAUGGCCCUCUUACCAAGUGGAUAACCAACCCCAUCUAA